AUGCUACCAGUGGCUAUUGUUGGGGGAGGCCCCGUCGGGCUCGUUUCCUCCAUUCUGCUUUCGAUGCGAAAAAUCCCCCAUGUUAUCUUUGAGCAAUUUCCGGGAACGUCGAUCCAUCCUAAGGCCUGCGGGCUAAACCAGCGUACGAUGGAGAUCUUUCGGCAUAUUGGGGUGGAGCGUGAAGUCGUCAAACAUCGAGCCCCUCUGAAUGUUGCCGGAAAAACUGGAUGGUACACAAACAUAGGACCAAAUGGCCGUGAGAUCUAUUCCCGAGAUUCCUGGGGAGGCGGUAAAUAUCAAGAGGAGUAUCGACGAGCCAGUCCGGCGCAGUAUAGCACGCUGGCCCAGAUACGACUUGAGCCUAUCUUGCAGCGGCGUGCACUCGAAAUCGCGCCGAAUUGCAUUUCUUACAACUCUAAAGUCACAUCAGUAAAAGAGAAAGGAGACAAAGUUGUUUUGACAGUGGAUCGAGGCAAUAGAGGAAGUGAAGAUGUUGAAGCACAGUACGUCUUAGGGGCAGAUGGGGGCAGAGGCCUUGCAGAAAGCCUGGGAAUUGGAUGGGAAGGCGAGAGCGAUAUUGUUGACAUGUUUACUGCCCACUUCAAUGCAGACAUCGCCUCUAUCCACCCAAACAAAGCUGUUUUUAUCUCCUGGCUUGUCAAUCCGAAACUCAGAGGUAGCAGGGGCUCCGGAUACCUCUAUCACCUCGGACCCUACUAUCCAACGCGCGAAAAGAAGGAGGAGUGGGUUCUUGCGUCUCCUAAACAUCCAGAGGACCCGGUUGAAUUUGACGAGAAGACAAUGGUUGAACGGAUUCGAAGAAGUCUCGAGAUUCCUGAUUUGGACCUCAGUCUUCGAAGCAUUAGCAAUUGGACUGUGAAUGCAAAAGUCGCUGAACGCUAUCGAAGCGAGGGGGGACGCAUCUUUCUCGUUGGUGACGCAUGUCAUCGGGUACCACCAUGGGGAGCUCUCGGGAUGAAUUCUGGUAUACAAGAUGCACAUAAUCUGAUUUGGAAGCUUGGCCUUGCGCUCAAGUCUGGCCAGCCGACCAAGUACAGCAAUUUUCUUGACACAUAUGAGAAAGAACGUCGGCCUAUCGCCCAGCGCGUGGCCCGAAACAGCUUACACAACAUGCUCAACCAUAACAAUAUCAUGGACGGCGCUUUGGAUAUUACUGCCGAGACAUCGACAGAGGAAAACCUUGCAUCAGUAGCAGCAUACUUCGAUGAGAGUCAUGAGCUGUACAAGGAGAAGAGAGAACGAGUCCGCCAGGCGGCUGCUGACCUUGACAAUGAGUUCCACGCCCCUGGAAUUGAAAUUGGAUGGUUCUACGAGUCGGCUGACAUUAAUGGUGAAGGACUGGCAGCACGACAUGGAGGGCAACUGUUGGCGGAUGGGACGUUUGACAUCAACAACUAUCACCCGUCCACAAUUCCCGGCCACCAUGUUCCACACUCGUGGCUCCGAAAAGGUGAUACUACUAUUUCUACCCGCGACCUGGUGGAGCUAGACAAAUUCGUCCUACUCACAGGAAAAUCAGGCAUCUGGGAAUCUGUUCCAAAUGAUCUUAUUCAUGUACAGGUGAUCGAUGGGGAGGCUGGCUGGACCGAUAUCGAGGGUACAUGGGCACAACUCCGUGGUGUGGACGAGGACGGUGCUGUUUUGAUAAGACCAGAUGGGAUAGUUGCUUGGAGAGCGAGGAACUCUGAACCCUCAUCGACUUCUAAACUCACAGCCCUUGUCCAGAGCCUACUAUACCAGAAAUCCGACAGGAGGUGGGCGACACACAUGUAG